GGGGUGUGCGCUCUCUUUUCUCUCAGUCUUGAGAGCAAGUAACAGUUGGCAUAACCAUCUGCGCUUGUGGUCUCCUCUUGUGAGAGCAGUCAGUGUUUGUUCUCCUCCUGCAGGUAACUAACUAAGAGUGUGCAGUGGCCUCUGUAGAGCAGCUCUUGAAUCUGUGCUGGGAUUUGUGUAGGUUGGUGCCUUGCUGGAGGAAAGAUGUAUCAUUACUAGAUGCCAGACCAAUCUUCAUCUGUGCCAAGCUGCAACCAAAAUGGCAAAGUACAAGCUUGUUCUCCUAAGACAUGGAGAAGGAGCCUGGAACAAGGAGAAUCGCUUCUGCAGCUGGGUGGACCAGAAGUUGAGUAGUGAUGGGAUAAAGGAAGCUCGGAACUGUGGCAAACACCUUAAAGCACUGGGUUUUGAGUUUGACCUUGUCUUUACCUCUGUACUAAGCCGUUCCAUCCAGACUGCGUGGCUGGUCCUGGAAGAGAUGGGCCAAGAGUGGGUCCCCAUUCAGAGUUCCUGGCGCCUGAAUGAGCGUCACUAUGGUGCAUUGAUUGGCCUCAACAGAGCAGAAAUGGCUCUGAAUCAUGGAGAAGAGCAAGUGAAACUAUGGAGGAGAAGCUAUGAUGUUACCCCACCUCCCAUAACCGAAUCUCAUCCAUACUAUGAAGAGAUAUACAAUGAUCGCAGAUAUAAAUGCAGUGACGUCAGUGAUGUCUCUCAGGAUAAUCUCCCAAAGGCUGAAAGCUUAAAAGAUGUGCUUGACAGACUUCUUCCGUAUUGGAAUGAAAAGAUAGUGCCAGAACUUAAAAGUGGCAAAAUGAUCCUCAUAUCUGCCCAUGGCAACAGCAGCAGGGCACUACUCAAGCAUCUGGAAGGCAUCUCCGAUGAGGACAUCAUCAGUGUUACUCUCCCCACUGGCGUGCCCAUACUUCUUGAACUCGAUGAAAAUCUGCACCCUGUGGGCCCUCACCAGUUUCUGGGUGAUCAAGAAGCUAUCCAAGCUGCCAUCAAAAAAGUGGAGGAUCAAGGAAAAGUUAAAUCUACUGAGAAGUAAAAUCCCAGUGACCAACACAGUCCUCUUCUCUGAAGUGUGUGGUAAUAAGUGAUGCUUUAUGUGUGAGUGUUAGGUUGCACUAUGCGGAAGUCUCAAUUUUGAGCACUAAGUAAGUGGAAGGGAUAGUUGUUGAGUCUUAGUUGGUAGAUUAACCCUCUGCCUUUCAAAAACUGGAAUUCAAAUCUCAGCAUGAGAUUAUGGAUAUUGGAAUAAGAAAUCAAGAGGGCAGUUCAGGUAAUGGAAACUUGCGGGGCAGUCUGUCCCAGGUCUAGGCUUGAGGGAAGCUUGAAAGGAAUAAUGGGAUAUGUUAAAGCCCUCUACCAAUAAUCAGUCCUGAUCUCUUGGGGAAAAGACAUGACACCAGCUCACUGCACUAAUUAAGUCUUAAUGUUACAGGCACUAAACUUUCUCACUGACAACAUGGCAUCAGAUAGGAGUUACUCCAAAGAUUCUUGUAUGUCAUUGGCCAUGACAGUUUGUGUUCUUGGCAGUGUCUUCUGCCUUGCAGAAUGCUUUCAGCUGUUCAGUUCUUUCCCCCUCCACUUUGUUAUUUUGAGUCUUUCAAGGCCAGCUCAUGGUCUACCAGAAAAUUUUGUAGAGGUGUUUAGACUAUUGUAGUUAUCAUGGAUAUCUCUUUAUUACACUGUGCUCCCAUUCUAGGCAUCCAGAAGGCACCCCUCUUCUACCAUCUUUGUGAAACUUAGCAUGACCACGUUUUGCUGGCUUGCAGUAAUGGGAUUUCACUCAGACUUUAGUCCACAAACUAAGAACAAAGAAGUGUCCAGCUCGGUGUGUAAACUAUCACUUAGCCUUUAAUGAGUGACCUGAAUAGCUUUCAAACAUUUAAAUAACAUGUACUACUGGUUUGAUCAUCUCUUAAUAAAGCUGUUGGAAGCAUUCCUGUUGACCUCAGUAAGACUGGACAUAUGAAAAUUUUUGAUCGUUCUUCAGUUGCAAUGAACUCUUGAUAAAUCUGUUCCAUAGUAAUACUACUGUGGCAUUCACUGUAUCAGUUUAUUUGGAGGGCUGUAAUAGAGAUAUGUAAUGCCUGUAAGGUGUUACUGGGUGCAGUUCAUAUAGCCAUCAUGCUAACAGGAAAGAAUAGUCUGCUCUGUCUGAA